AUGUCGCGCCGAGAUGUCAAGGCGACGGCGCUGCUGAAGCUGGUGUACUUGGAAAUGGUCGGUCAUGACAUGUCAUGGGCAUCGUUCCACGUCCUCGAGGUCAUGUCGUCGCCCAAAUACCACCAGAAGAGGGUCGGAUACUUGGCUGCCGUUCAGAGCUUCCGACCCGAUACCGAGGUGCUAAUGCUGGCUACGAACCUCCUGAAGAAGGACCUGAGCUCGACACAAGCUACAACCAUCGCCCUCCCGAUGUCUACGUUGCCGCACAUUAUCACACCGUCACUCGCUCUCUCCACCCUCUCCGACCUCCUCCCCCGUCUCAGUCACUCGAAUCCCGCCAUCCGCAAGAAGACCAUUGUGACGCUGUAUCGGCUGGCGCUGGUGUACCCAGAGACACUGCGUGCGGGGUGGCCCAAGAUCAAGGAGCGCCUGAUGGACAAGGAUGAGGACCCGAGCGUCACGGCUGCUAUCGUCAACGUCGUGUGUGAGCUGGGCUGGAGACGACCGCACGACUUCUUGCCGCUUGCGCCGAGGUUAUUUGAGCUCUUGGUGGACGGGGGUAACAACUGGAUGGCCAUCAAACUAAUCAAGCUAUUUGCGACGCUGACACCAUUGGAACCUCGUCUGGUUCGAAAACUGCUGCCGCCUCUCACAGAGUUGAUCCGGACGACACCCGCCAUGUCGUUGCUGUAUGAGUGUAUCAACGGUAUUAUUCAGGGCGGCAUUCUGGGCAGUGCAGACGACAUCUCAGGAAGGGAAGAGAUUGCGACUCUUUGCGUGAACAAACUUCGAGGAAUGAUCAUGGUCGACGGCGACCCAAAUCUGAAAUACGUUGCGUUACUAGCUUUUAACAAGAUUGUGCUUACUCAUCCCUUCCUGGUUGCGCAGCAGGAGGACGUCAUUUUGGAGUGCAUCGACAGUCCAGAUAUCACUAUCCGUAUCAAGGCUUUGGACCUCGUUCAAGGCAUGGUCAGCAGCGACAACUUGGUUUCCAUUGUGAGCCGUCUCAUGAAGCAGCUCAAGUCCUCUGCACCUAAGAGAGAACGGCCGGGAGCACCUCUUGGUCCCGAUACCGGAAUGGACUCCGAGGAGGAAGCGGAAGUUGACAUUCACGCGCCGACGAAAGAAGAAGAAGAGCCCCCACUACCCGAUGACUACAGGAGCGAUGUUAUUGGAAGAAUUUUGAUAAUGUGCUCACAAAACAACUAUAGCAGCUUGGUGGAUUUCGAUUGGUAUAUCGAUGUCCUCAUCCAGCUUGUCCGCAUGGCGCCGACACCGCGGUCCGUUGAGACUGAACUGGACUCAGUGGCCGCUUCCGGGAAAUCGACUGCUGGAGACGUAUCUGGGAAGAUUGGAGACGAAUUGAGAAACGUUGCUGUGAAGGUUCACGCCCUUCGAGGCGCUUCGGUCAGAGCUGCUGAUUUAAUUAUCCAACAACUCAACGCCGACACACCCGCAGGUCACUCACUGUCAUCAGCAUCACUCAAGUCAACGACGUGGUUGGUUGGAGAAUACGCUAACCAGCUCGCUCUCCCUGAAGAUACUCUUGGAAAUAUCCUGCGGAUAAUUCCCCGAACACAUAUUCCCGACAUUCUUACUACUAGCCUGCAGUCUGUGACUAAGAUAUUCGCUUAUAUCGCCGGCAACGACGCGCAGCCCUGGACGCCUGAAUGGAAGACAAAAAUCACGCUACUUCUGGCGCGGGUCAUUCACACGCUGGAACCGCUUGCUCUUCAUCCCAACCUAGAGGUUCAGGAGAGGUCAGUAGAGUUCAUUGAGCUCCUGAAACUAACCGCCGAGGCAGCGUCAGGGCAGGCGCCAUCUUCUGAGGACACUCAUCAAGAUGCCCCUCUACUUCUUACCCAGGCAAUUCCUUCUUUGUUUCAGGGUUGGGAACUUAAUUCGGUCGCUCAAGGGGCGCAGAAGAACGUGCCAAUACCGGAUGGUCUCGACUUGGAUGAGCCAAUUCACCCGAACCUCUCUCAUCUCCUCUCUCAAGCGGACAUAAUACCCAUGGAAGCUAGCGAAGCGGACGACUUUGAGGUCUACUACCAUCAGCGCCCCGCGCCAACCAGUAUAUCCUCGGCUGAGCCAGCCAUCAACAAGAUUGCCGACGCGCCGGAGGAAGUCGUCAGUUCCUACCAACAAGCAACGGAAGAUAGCUACUUGGAUGCAGACAUCGUGGCACGGCGGAAAGCCGAGCGAGCGGAACGCAACCGCGAUGACCCGUUCUAUAUUGGCGGACUCGACAACGGCCCACGAGCCUCCACACCGAUUCACAGCAUUCUCCAGAAGGAGAAUGGACCGGAUCUCGAUAUAGACUCCAUACCGAUAAUGCAGUUGGAUCUUGACAAGCUAGGCAGCUCCGCAUCCGGACCGACCUCACCCGUCAGCAGACCGCAGCCGCGGCCGAGGCAAAGGGUCGUUAUCGCCGCGGACGAAACGCUCACGGGCAGCGGCGUCUCCACGCCGCGCAACUACGAAUCGGAAAACAACUCUGACAGCUUCACCAAGUCACGCGCCAAGAAACUGCGUCAGGGGCUGUUGCAAGUCGACUCGUCCACCCUUGGCAACCUCAGCCUUGAGGGUGAGGGCGGAGCAGGCUCGUCCAGCGCACCAUUCGACUACGAGAGACAACAGCGUGAGGAGGCGGAGAUGGCACAGGCGAUGAAGGAGGUUGAGAGGCUGCGUCUCGAGAUGCAGCGUGCCAACGAACGUAUCCAGGUUGCGCAGGGGGUUGACGCUGCCGGGACAGUGGUUAAGAAGAAGACCAAGAAAUCGAAAGCCAAAGACGGUGAUGACGGCGUCGUCAAGAAAAAGAAGAAGAAGGCGGCGGCGCCCGCCGAGGACGCGGAGAACGGGAGUGGGGAAUCGGCAGAAGCACUGCCUGCGCCCAGCCCCGAAGGCAUCGAUGCCGGGCCCGCGGUUGUGGUACCUAAGAAGAAGAAAAAGAAGAAGACAACUAAGAUGGCGGAGAUUGCGGGCGACACCCCCAGUCCCAGUUGA